GGCCCGACUCCUACACCCGGGACAGGACCUUCUUCUACAGCUACACAGACCCAGGGAAAUUACAUGUACAUUGAAGGAUCAUCGCCUCAAAUGGAAAACGAUGUCGCAAGGCUUGUUUCUAAUGCCUCGUUUCCAGCUGCCGACCGAUGUCUGAUAUUCGACUACCACAUGUACGGGAGCGGUAUUGGCUCGCUUAAGGUGAAGGAUGGGUCGUCAGAAUUAUGGUCCCGCUCUGGAGAUCAGGGAGAUAUUUGGCACACUGGGGCUGUAUUUUUCCCCUCGGCUGUAUCUGUAUCGCCGAUAUUUGAAGCUGUUCGUGGCCCAGACACUACCAGUGAUAUCGCCGUCGACAAUGUGAUGUUUUCUGUAGGAAAUUGUGGUUGCCAUGGAGAUCCAUGUCUAAAUGGAGGGACUUGUGUUGCUGAUAAUACUGCCAAUGGCUACACCUGCAGUUGUGCGUUUUUCUAUGAGGGAGAUAACUGUGAGAAAACCACUGUAUCGCUUAUGUCCUGUUCACUAGAAGUUGGAUCAGAUUGUUUUUUCAAACAAGAUAAAAAUGACGACUUCGACUGGAGCUUAACGUCCGAGCCCACGCCUACACCGAAUACUGGACCAACUAACCCUUACACUGGUGACCGCUACGCCUUCAUAGAAACUUCAUCGCCUAGAGCUAGGGGAGACACAGCCACAUUGACCACGGAGCACAUUAGCAUGUCGCAAGGCAAUCGGUGUCUGCUUUUCGCUUACUUCAUGCACGGAUCUGAUGUCGAUCGUCUGCGAGUAUACAGUGGUGACCGGAAUGGCAAUAAACGGUCACGUUUGACCAUAAGUGGCGAACAGGGGAACAGCUGGGUCCUGGCCUCUGCCAAUAUUCCUGCUGCGAAUGAUGUAGUGAUUUUGAUCGAAGGACGACGUGGAGCAGGCAAUAAAGGCGACAUAGCGAUUGACUUCAUAUUUCUAAAGCCAGGACAAUGCUAGUGAGGAAUCAACCAUGUAGAUCAUGAUUGUGCAACAUUUGAAGCAACAGUACCCACCAACUACUGAGGCAAUUAUUUAACUUCUUCAAUAUCUUAAAUAUAUUACUUUUAUACUGCAA